CCCUUCCGGCGGCCGGCGCUGACGCCAUGCUGCGGCCGGAAGCCGGAAGGUGGCCGCUCGGAGGGGUGUUGCGCGUUGGCGGGCGCGGGAGGCAGCGGCGGCGGACGGGGGGCCGCGCCCCGAGCCGCCCGGCGGCCGCGCCCGGGGCCAUGACCGAGUACAAGCUGGUGGUGGUGGGAGCCGGCGGCGUCGGCAAGAGUGCGCUGACCAUCCAGCUCAUCCAGAACCACUUCGUGGACGAGUAUGACCCCACCAUCGAGGAUUCAUAUAGAAAGCAAGUUGUUAUUGAUGGAGAAACAUGUUUGCUAGACAUUCUGGACACCGCUGGACAGGAAGAGUAUAGCGCCAUGCGUGACCAGUACAUGAGAACCGGGGAAGGAUUCCUCUGUGUUUUUGCCAUUAACAACAGUAAAUCAUUUGCUGAUAUUAACCUUUACAGAGAACAGAUAAAGAGAGUGAAAGAUUCGGAUGAUGUGCCAAUGGUGCUGGUGGGGAAUAAAUGUGAUUUACCCACAAGAACAGUAGACACAAAACAGGCUCAAGAAUUAGCAAAAAGCUAUGGAAUCCCCUUCAUAGAGACAUCGGCUAAAACGAGACAGGGCGUGGAAGAUGCUUUUUACACACUGGUGAGAGAGAUCCGGCAGUACCGGAUGAAAAAGCUCAACAGCAAUGAAGAUGGGAAUCAAGGCUGUAUGGGAUUGUCUUGUAUCGUGAUGUGAUAAGAUGCCAAGAACACCUGAUUCAGAUGUAGCUGAUGGACGAAUCUUGAUGCCACUGUAUUGCGUCUUGUGAUGAUACCCUGCAGUAUUUUGGCACCAGUUCGUUAGUACAAGGUCCUUUUCUGUGCUCCAUCUGAAGAGAACAUCUCUGGCAUAUACCUCCUUGCUCAAUUAAUGGAGCAGUCACAUCUCUUGAUGCACUGGGAUUCUUUCCUGAUUUGUCUGGGUUUGUUCAAGAAGAAAACCAGUCACAAGAAAAGUGAAUUUUAGAGACUAAGUGCUGUGAAAAAGAUGACACUUUACCUCUAGAGUAAAAGCUAGACGUGAUUUUUGUCCCUGUUGUAUUGGAUUCAGAUUUGCAGUGCUGUCUGAGAAGUAGCCCUAAAAAUUCUCAGCAGGUAAAUCAGAGAUGGUUUUACAAUUAUGAAUGCCUCUGUCAUGUAUCGGAUUAGUAUCUGCUGUCUGUACACCCACACAGCAUAUCUGCAACAUCUGCGUUGUCCAAGGGUGCCACUUACCUACUCCUCUAUUUUCUGUAAUAAAAAUGAGGUAUCUUUGCUGCUUAAGUGCCUGUUUGCUAAGAAGAUCUGGAAUUGUACCCUGUUCUGUCAGGCUAAGGGAAACCCUAAGGACUGGAAUUUUUUGGAAGCUCGUUUUCUUAAGCAGUCAAGCCUUGAGAAGAAUGUGGAUGAUCUCUUCGCACAGCAGGAUGCCACAGCAAGAAUUUGUAGGCUGGAAAAUUCAGUUUGUAAGACUCUUGAACAAGGGAGAACAAUGUACUGCGUCUGUUUUUUGACUCUCUUUGUAUGUGGAAUUGUAUAUAUUCUAUAUUGUUUUUCUACAGCAUUCAGAUCUCUACCAAGUUGGACCAAAUUAGCCAGCCGCUCAUUUUAACGUUGACUGCCAGUGUCUCUCAAUAGCUGGGUGGCUUCUCAAUAGCUGAUCUAGUAACUGGAGCUUAGUUCAUUUGGACAGCUGUUGUUCCACUCUGUCCCUAACUUGCAAAUUAUUUUUUUUCUGAAUUAUUUUGUCAUAUCACCAGACUUUAAAUAUAGUCUCUUCAGAAUGGUUCUCUGUAAAAUGUAGUUGGAGCGUCUCCUUGUCAGGGAGGAGUCUGAGAUUUCAGGUUUAUUUUAAUUGGUGUAGUUGCUGCCACAAACUUAGUAUGUUUGGCCUGAGGGGAGGAGGGCAAUGAACUGUAACAAAACUGACAUGGUUCUGGUUGCAGCAUCCUUGCAAAAUGAGGAAGGAGUGAGUUCAGUGAUGAAUGCAUAGGUGUAUGAUACACCGAUGGGAAUCUGGGGCUUGUUCUAACAGCCUCAGAGUACGAGAGGAUUAUCACAUAGGUCUCGUGAGUUCUUCCUAGAACAAAACACUGUCACCUCAUAUAAUUGGGACAUACAAGUGUGGUCGCUGUUGCAAAAUCUACCGCUAUUUCUUGGAGUAUGUGUCCUUCCCUAGUCUGCGUGCCACUGAUACGGGAUUCUGUCCUGCGGCCUCAGAUGGUGCAUCCUACAGCAAAGGCAAAUUCUUGUUACGUCUGACAGAGCAGCGCUUGGGCAUGGGGGAGUAAUGAGUCUUGAGGCCACAGAGGGCGCCUUGGGCCAGUCUGCCGACCCAGCAGGAGUACAGAAAUUGCGGAAGGCUUGAUUUCAGUUUGUUGGUCUCAGAUUCAUACAUCUUAAUUUGGAGUUUCCAGUUUCCAAUGGAAAUUAGAAAUCCGUAAAUAUUGAAAGAUUUGUUCCUUUUAAUAUUGCUUCCUUCACUAUUUACAUUCUUAAUCCUCUUCUUGGAGUGCAGGGUAUCAAGCUAUAUCACCUUUUUACCCUUGAUACUCUUGAUACAUAUUUUCUCAAGUUAUUUUAGCCUUGACUGAUAGGACACAGAUAUGAAUUAAAAUUUUUUUUUACAUAAAACAUGAUUUUACCAGCAGCAUACACAGUGGUGGGCAGCAUUAUGUAGAGCAUUGUGACCUGCGUUGAGUUCAUUUGCAAAUGAUCCCAUGCCUGCCAGUUAAACGUUUGGCAUAAUCAUCACUGUUGAAAUUUGGGCUGUCAUGCCUAUUAACUGCAAUCAGUGUUUGUUUGUUUUUGUUUUUCCUUGUGUGAGAAGAUCAGUUACUUGUGAAGGCACUCUUUGAGCCCUGUGGCAGGGGCUGACUGACUGUUCCUAAAGGGAGCUGUGUGACAUACUGUUGUCCACUUAAAGAAAUUGUAUGUGGAAGAGGUAUUAAGAGAGAACUUUUGGGACAUCCGUCUGGUCACAGGUAUUCAGCAUUUUGGAAGGACUCCAGCAUGGAGUUCCCAGUAUGCGAGGAUGGUGAGUUCUUGUCACCCCUGCAUUCAUGCAUGUUUUUUGGAUUAUUUUGGAAAACUGAGAGUUUCUUUCCUGGCAGGCAGGAUUCCAGUGUUCAGAUAUGACUGGUUGGUGUCCAUGUCCCUGGGAAAUCUUUUGCAGCUGGUGUUUGAUGUCUAAAGACUGUGUGGGCAAGUUUGAAAACUAAAUAUUCCUUUUGGCUGGAGGUUCAUCGUAACUAUGUGAAAGUGCCUCCAAGAAUCAUCUCGUAAGGGUUGAUCAGUUUGUAUUUCACCGUUAAAACCGUAGAGGAGAAUGCACUAGCUUUUAGGGUGCUGCAGAGCUAACCUGUGUAGGUGAUACUCCAGUCUGUGUUAUUUUAGGGUCAUAUCAGCAAGUGAUACAAAAUCAGGGUGUCAUACCAGGCAUGAGCAUGAAAUAAUUGGUUGUGCUCAGUCUCUCAUUAUAUUUAAGAGUAAUCAUUUUCAGUCAAGGUCACUGGCUGCACCUUAUGCAUAUGCAUCACAUGAUGCAUCAGGGCAAAAGUCAGGUCUUAGGAGCCAUCUUCUUGUGGAUUUGGGUCUGGGUGUCAGGAUUUAUGAACAGAACAUUCUAAACACUCUAUGGAGUUCUGUGGUGUUGCAGUGACGAGUGCUACCCUCACCGUUUAGUUCAGCCCAAUAGGUGAAUGCAGAUGUUCUAAGUAAGGUGCAAAUGCCUUGUGCAUACUUGGCAUGACCUGCUGCUAGAGACCUGUGUUUAUGUGGCCAUGUUCUUUCCCACUGCAGGAUCUGAUGCAGCUGUUUUGAUAAAGGAAAACACAUGUUUGAGCAGAAGCAUGGGGCAGACAGUUUGCUGGUCUAGCAGAGAGGUUUCAGUGCCAACAGAAAAGGUCUUGUGUCCUGAGUCUACACCUGGUCUUGCAGCUGCAGUCUGUGACAGGGCCUGAUAAGGGCAGGAGGAAAACUUGUGCAGUCUCCUCCUGCAUUGGUGGGCAGUUCUGAUCCUCCUUAUUUCUAUCAGCUGGGCCCUUUCUGGCUGUUUCAUCAAGCCUGACCUCAAAGUCAGUGGGGUCAUUAAAAAGACUUAAAUUUCUUCAGGCUAAGUCAGGUUCAUUAUACACGUAUCAGGUUGGCAGAGUCUUCCCUGUGUGUUCCUGACCUGCAGGUGCUCCAGAUUUAGUCAUCUUGUCAGUGUCGAUGCCAGGAGGUACGACAGGAACACAUACAUCCUCAUGUACCAUGUUUUCCUUCGCUCCUCUCUGUCGUAUGAUUCUCCCACACAGGAUGCUCUUUCAAAACAGCAGCAGAUAGCAAUCUCUCAGCUUGUCUGAUCAGAGCUGUUUUGAUCUGUUAGAACUGUCCCUGGUAUAAUAACAUAAUAACUGUUUUACAGAUCACUCAGUGUCUGUUAAUGGUGUUGAGUUGGACUUGGGAAAGCAGCGUGUUUACUGGAAACAACACGAGUCGGAUGCACUUCUUUAAUCAGGGCUUUGCUAGCUGUGAUUUUCAGGAAUAAAAUCCAACUGGCUUCUUUAAAAAUACUUGACACUGGAUUUGCUUGUGAAUGACUGGCCAAAUGUUACCCUGUUUUUUGCUGGCAACUCCUAGAGCACUGAGCACUGGAAGUACCAAACCCGAAGAGUUUUUGGAGAGGUUAUUUAGAAGAUAAGCACAAAAGUUUUUGCACAAGACAGGUGCCUAGAAAAGGUGGUUUUGUAGUUUUAUUCUGAAUGUUGGUAUUUAGAACUACCAACACAACACUUUGUUAGUGCCAGACUAGUUUCACUAUCCUGACUAAGAAAAACAGGCAUAAAUAACCUGACUGAGGCAAAAUAUUUAAAAAAGCUAAAACACUUGUUCAAAAAUUACAGGUGCAAACAACUGAAAGAAAUGUUUCUGUUUUUAUGGACUGAGAGCAGCUAUUUAACCAGAUAGUGUAACACUGUAGCUUGUUCCUGUUAGCGUCCCCACUCCAUGAUCUUGUUUAAACAAUGGUGCUCAGAUUUUCUUCUGCUGUCAUCAGUAGGGCUUCGGAUAGUAACCACGAUGCUCAAGCUAUCACUGCUUUUACAUAUAGUUCAAUUACUUAGAAUUGGAUUUUAAGCAAUUUCAGGCCUAUGGGGGAAGGGAGAGUAAUGAAAGUUUGAAUUAUAUUCUAACUUUCUACUUGGUCCUUCUUUGCUCCGCAAGCCUGUUUGUGUACAACGUCCAGGAUUGUUGGGAAGUGUUGGGAUCUGGACUUUUCAUCCAAGGGCUAAGUUGUUGUUACUUUGUAUAACUAUUUGCUUUCAAUAAUGCAUCUUUUUUGUUUGAACUUAAAUAAAUUAUUUUGCUUCUUAAAUAACUUUUUUUUAAGAAUAAACCCUGUGAAUUCUUCA